AUGUAUUAGAAGAUUAAAAAAAAUAAAUAAAAACCAAUCCAAUACUAAAAUUUAAAUCCUUUCAAAGAAACAGAAAAGAAAUAUAAAUUCUAUGCUGAUAUUCAAACUGAUUUUAGUGAACUUAUUGAUGUAAAUAAUCUAAAUGAAUAAUAAAUGGAAUAAUAAGGAAUUCAUAAAAAUGGAUCAGUCUAUCAUUUUGAUUAUCCUUAAGGAGUUAUCUAAGUAAAGAAUUUUCUCAACCUUGAUGAUUAAAUUCGCAUUUCUAAAUUGUGUAUGAAUGAAUAUAUUAAUUAACCAUACAGAACUAAUCUCUUCAUCUAUAAAGAAGAUGAGAACUUUGAUAAAUUUAUAGUCCAUGAUAAUAAAAGAUAUCAUUUUAAUAAUAAAAUAAGAUGGGCUAAUGUUGGUUAUCAAUAUGAUUGGAACAAUAGGUAUUAUAUUAAUAAUUUAUUAAUAUAUAUAUAGACAUUAUCCUCAAGAAAAAACAUAAGUACCUGAUCCAAUCUAAGAAAUCUCUUAAAGAGCUAAUAAUUUCUUAUAAUUGUAAAAUCACUAUUAAAGUGAAUCAGUUAUAAUAAACUUUUAUUAAACUCAUGAUUAUAUGACUGGACAUUUAGAUGAUGCUGAAUUAGAUUAAGAUUCUCCUAUCUACUCAUUUAGUUUUGGAUUAUCAAGUGUAUUUGUCAUAGGAGGACCAACAAAAGAUGAAAAACCAAUUGCUCUUAAGCUUGAUUCUGGAGAUUUAUUAGUUAUGAGUGGUCAUGCUAGAAGAUGUUAUCAUGGAGUACCUAGAAUACUUGCAAAUUCAUUUCAUCCUAAAUAGUAUUAUCUAUUACCUAAUCUAAUUAGAAAUCCAUAUCAAUAAUAAUAGCUUGAUGGUAAUUUAAAUACUGAUUUUCAUGUUUUUAAUUACUUAUCUGAACAUAGAAUUAAUAUUAAUACAAGAUAAGUGUACAAGCCAUAAUUAGAAUAAUGA